GGGCUAGACGAUAUCAGUUAUUAGCAAAGGCCGGUUCAUCCUCUUCCUCUUGUUUCAAUUUUUCCGUUACUCUAUCAAUUCGAGAAACUCGUUCUAAUUCUUUCCGGAUUUUAGAACAACCAGGCUUUUCUCAGUCAUCAUUAAAAUCUAUUUUUCGAAAUCCUUCUGAAUUUAAUUAUCUCAACUACUUACCUAGGAGUUUAGAGAUAAUUCAAUACUCUACUGAAUUAAGACCAGAUUGUAAAUUAACUGAAACUGUUCCUUUAUUAGAUAAACAUUUUGGUGAAUUUGGUCGUUGUUCUAAAUGUCUCCAACGCAAUACUAAAUUUUUAACUGAAAUUGCUAACGCUAAGUUGGUUGACAACGGCGAUAAUGUCAUAAAAUAUUAUGGCAUCUCCCAAGACCUUGAAACUAAGAAUUAUAUAAUGGUGAUGCAAUAUGCAGAAGAGGGCAACCUAAGACAAUAUUUACAGCAAAAAAAUAAAGAAUUAAGUUUGAAAGAUAAACUUGACAAAUUAAGAGAUAUUAUCAAUGGAUUAAAAG